AUGUCCUCCUCCAACCUUCCCCUGCUCCUCCCCCCUAGUAAUCCUUCCUGCUCUGCUAGCUUUCCUCGAGAUUGGAAGAGUCUCAUCACCACUCAGCCUCUUGCGUCAAAUGAGUUCACUUCUUCAAUUUCUGACCAUCCGACCGAGAACGCCACUGUUCACUUCACUUCGGCUCAGUUUAACGCUGGAUCUCCAGACUGGGCUCUAUCUCUGGUGGGGUAUUCCAUCGGCCGUGUACCUUAUUAUGAAGCCCUCUUCUCCACUAUCAAAAAAACUUGUUCUCUAAAGGGUUCUCUCUCUUUGCUGACCUUGGACGACAGUUUCUUCCUCCUUAAGUUUAACAAUAGAAAGGACUACGAUAUGGCUUGGUCUGGAGGACCUUGCCACUUCUUCCUUGCAGGAAAACAGAGCAAGGACAGCCCUUCAUUGAAUAAAUUAAAUCAAAUCGAAAUAGAUUCCUCUGACUCUGAAUAUGAAGGUUUCGUUGAUGUGAAAAGCCCGAGUCCGGCAAAGGGAGAUGACAAAGGAUCUUCUGACCUAAAAACUGGUAAGGUAUCAUUUGAAGGCCUAAAAUCAAGUGGAAAAACCUCAUUUGAGAAAUCCUCAGAUGACUGGGGCAAAGGCGGAAAAAGUUUUAGUGCAGGAAAAGGUGGUGGAAAGGGAGGCCUACCCCAAACAAAACCGGCUAAGUCUACUGUUUCAGACAAGGAAUUAAAGCUAGAAAUUGAACUCCCGCCAGGCGCUAAAAUACUUAUGGAUUGUGAAGCAGCAGAUAUUUUGCAAGGGAUUCAGGAACAUUUGGACUCAUUAAAGGAUCUAAAGAUCAAAAUACCUGAGUCUUUUGGCAAUACUUUAUUGUACUCAAAAGCUGCUGUGCAGUAUACCGAUGCAAAGUCUGUUAGACAUGCCUUGGAAAGUCUCAAAGAACAUGGGGCCACUGAUGGGGAGAUAUGUAUGAUAGCAAAUGCUGGCCCAGAGACUUGUGAGGAGGCUUAUGGACUAAUACCAUCCUUGAAGGAGAAAAAAGAUAGGAUUGGAGAUCAUCUUAACGUUGCUCUAGCCGCUGUUUCAAAAUUCAAAGUUAAUCAGGAAACUCCUCACUGAGAGAUUGCUGUCCCCAACUUCUUGCUGAAGGUGAAGCUGGUCUUGUGGAUUUUGUGCAGAUUUCUCUGGUUCUGUAAUCUUGGUACAAAUAUUCCAGCCUAUUUGAAAAUUAUAGUUUUGUGCUCGAGUUAAGAAAGAUGAAGAAGGGUCUAGAUUGUUCAUUACCGUAUAUCAGCUAUAAGUCUAUGCAGCAGUUCUGAAUGAUUUAUGUAUGGAAUUUAGUUAAGGCUUCGUUUGGGAUGACUUUCUUAUUGCUUCUUAAAACAGUUUUGAAAUUAAAAAAAAAAUUAAUUUUUAUAUUAGAAA